AUGGCCCUACUCCAUCUCAAUCAGACACCAACACAACCAAUAUUGAACCUGAUGGGUACAGAUCCUUCACUCAUUAUAAUCACCUUGGCAAUGAGCCUUAUCAUAUCUGAAAAUCUGGUAGUGUUCACACCACAAAUCACCUUACCCCAGCCACCAGUAAUGACUGCCACAAACAGACUUCAAGCAGCUGCUGCAAUGAUCCAGGUCACAGGGAAAGAAAUGGAUGUCCUGAACAUUUUCAAGAACCCUGUCAUCAAGAGCAACUUUUAUCCACACUUUGAGCCAGAUGGCAGGAGUGCACCCAGGCAUUGGGCACCAUGCAGUACCCACAAGAAAAAUGUCAAUGCAGUGUGCCUUGCAUGGUAUAGAGAAGAUGUUCAGGAAGUGUUGAAGUACACAUGCCAGGCAUUAGCUAGUGAAAUGAUUUUGAACAUCAGUUGGCUCCAUGGCCAAAACACCUGCACAGUUUGGAAGAGUACUGUCCAUGGCAAUGUAGCAAUGAUGAAGGAUAUUGAAAUGCUGAUUCUGAAGGCACUUGGUCUUGUAUGGUCCAAAGCUGUAGAAUUCAGUGAAACCUAUGUGAUGGAGUUCUUCAGAACCAAUGAUAUUCAACUUCUUGCAGACCCUCCAGCAUAUACCCUAUGGAAAACUUUGCUAUUGGAAAAACUCAAGGACCAGACUGAUAUCACCAACUUCUUUAUGCAUGAGCAUGACAAUAAUGGCCUCAUCAUAAGAUGGUUUGGAAACUCCAUUUUCAAGAGAUUCCAUACAAACUUCUGGUAUAUGCAAUCAGUCUCCCCAGUUAAAACAUUUGCCAGCAGCUACAAGACCAUGCCAACACACAUGUAUGCACUCUCUGCUGUGGCAUUCACUGGAUCAGACUACUGCCCUGUAUUCAAUGCAUACUAUGAGGGUUUUAUUGAAGCAUUGCAGAACACUGCCAUUGGGCCUGCUUUCACUGCCCACCUCAUGUGGUUGAAUACACAGGGAAUUCACAUCAAUCCAGAAGGUGAUCCUCAGGCUGGGGAAUAUCCAUGGGCCAGAUCAUCCUCACAGGCCUUUGAGGGAGGGCUGUCUGAACUUCACCAAUAUCAUCAAAUGCUUUGA